GAAGCUCUCAAGAACUUCCGUGGUGACUUGAACUAGCAGGAAGAAGACGACGACGUUUUGAAAGAUGGCGGCGCACACGCAGAAGAAUAACAAACCGGGGAAGAGUGGAGGAAAAGAGGCUCAGCCUCUGAUAAUCGCUAAAACCCCGGCGGAGGAACAGCGUAUGAAGUUGGAGAGGUUGAUGCGGAACCCUGAUAAAUCUGCUCCCAUCCCGGACCGACCGAAAGAAUGGAACCCGCGGGCUCCGCCGGAGUUCGUCCGGGAUGUGAUGGGCUCCAGCGCCGGAGCAGGCAGCGGGGAGUUCCAUGUUUAUAGACACCUCCGCCGCAGAGAGUACCAGAGGCAGGAUUUUCUGGACAAGAUGGCAGAGAAGCAAGAUAAGGAUCAGAAAUAUCUGGAUAAGGUGGAACAAAACCAGCAGGAUGCCGAGGAGAGAACGGCUAAGCGCAGGAAGAAGCGGGAAAAGCUAAAGCAGAAAAAGCUGAUGGCAAAGAAAGCAAAACUAGAAACCAAAAAUAAGAAAGAACACAACGCCGACAAGAAUUCGGACUGCAGUGAAGAAGAAGAAGAAGAAGAAGAAGAAGAAAAAGAGGCUGAGGAUGAUGCCGAGGCUCCAAGCUUCAUCAUGGGGAAGAAAUGAUUGCCCUGCAGUGAGGGGUCGAUAUAUCACGAAGUUACGGGGGAGAUGUACACUAGAAUCACAAAACAGCUUCAGAAAGGAACUUGUUCAGGAGCCCUGUACAAAAGGAAACAAAGUGACCCAUUGCAAAGACGAAAAAACAUAAUUGGUUGACCCCAUUUUACAACUGGACUGGAUGGUCUGCCUAGUUUAAUUGGCAGGACCUCCCCCCGCCCCCGAGUGUAUGACUUGAAGCAAGGCAGUGGUGGUCAGUGUCCCAGUGGGAAAGAAAACAUGUUGAGGCACUUCUGAUUCUUCAUUAUGUUUUUCAUAAACGUUGACUUGUUUAUAGAUGUCAUGGUUAAGCUAGCAGCCAUAUUUAGGGGUUUCUUUAUUUUGCUAAAAUAGGAUUGUUGGAAAGUUUGCAAUCUAUAUUUUCAUAUGAUAUUGUAAAUCUUUUAAUAAAAAUGAGAAUGUACAUAA